CCGCGGCCGGGCUGGGCUGGCGGCGAGCGCGGCUGAGGUACAGGUGCCUCGCGGCGCAGCCGGGUCGCCCUCCAGCCCGUCCACCUCCCGACCAGGGCCCGCGCCCCGUCCCGCCUCGCACGUCGCCUCCCUCUGGCCCAGCCAAAUGCAGGCCGCCGCCCUCCCUGAGGAGAUCCGUUGGCUCCUGGAAGAUGCUGAAGAGUUCCUGGCAGAAGGCUUGCGAAAUGAGAACCUCAGCGCUGUUGCAAGGGAUCAUAGAGACCAUAUUCUACGGGGCUUUCAGCAAAUCAAAGCCAGGUACUACUGGGAUUUUCAACCCCAAGGGGGAGACCCUGGACAGGACAGCUCUGAUGAUAAUCACAGUGGGACUCCUGGCCUGUCCCUUACAUCUGAUGCACCCUUUUUGUCAGAUUAUCAGGAUGAGGGAAUGGAAGACAUCAUCAGAGGAGCUCAAGAGCUUGAUAACAUAAUCAAGCAAGGAUACUUGGAGAAGAAAAGCAAAGAUCAUAGUUUCUUUGGAUCGGAGUGGCAGAAGCGAUGGUGUGUUGUCAGCAGAGGUCUCUUCUACUACUAUGCUAAUGAGAAGAGCAAGCAGCCCAAAGGGACCUUCCUCAUUAAGGGCUACAGUGUACGGAUGGCCCCCCACCUGCGAAGAGAUUCCAAGAAAGAAUCCUGCUUUGAACUGACCUCCCAGGAUAGGCGCAGCUAUGAGUUUACAGCUACUAGUCCAGCAGAAGCCAGAGACUGGGUGGAUCAAAUAAGUUUCUUGUUAAAAGAUCUGAGCUCCUUAACCAUUCCAUGUGAAGAGGAGGAGGAUGAAGAAGAAGAAGAACAAAAAGAAGAAGAGACAUAUGAUGAUAUUGAUGGUUUUGACUCCCCAAAUUCUGGUUCCCAGUGCAGACCCACUAUCUUGCCUGGUAGUAUGGGGUUAAAGGAGCCUACAGAGGAGAAAGAAGAAGAAGAUAUUUAUGAAGUCUUGCCAGAUGAAGAGCAUAAUCUAGAAGAGGAUGAGAGUGGCACUCGACGAAAAGGAGUAGACUAUGCCAGUUACUACCAGGGCCUGUGGGAUUGCCAUGGUGACCAGCCAGAUGAACUGUCCUUCCAACGGGGUGACCUCAUCCACAUUCUCAGCAAGGAGUAUAACAUGUAUGGCUGGUGGGUGGGAGAACUGAACAGCCUCAUUGGGAUUGUUCCAAAGGAGUAUCUCACCACCGCAUUUGAAGUGGAAGAAAGAUGAAUCCCAGGGUGCUAAAGGAGAAGGAACCACUAGGUGGCAGCAUAUGAGCAGGUGAACCAAAGAGAACCAAAUGCCUCUGGUUUUAGGAGCCUUUGCACCAAUCCCAUCCCACAGGUAAGGACAAUGGCCAUUAUUCUAAACUGUUUUAACAGAGGGAGCAAACACAAACUCUUCUAUAUCCCUCCUCUGCCACCCACCUCUCUCCCACCUCCCCAUCCUUCCCUGAAGACCCAGGGACCCAAAUCGGAAAGGCUGGGUGGCUAAGAGGCCAGAAUAUCAUCGUGCCACGGCUCUGUGGCUGAAAGACAACAGAAAAGGGGAUACCAGAAAAUAAAGAGCUGGAAUGUAGGGCAGGAUAAGAAGCUGAAAAAAAAGGUCUGCAGGGCGCGGUGGCUGACGCCUGUAAUC